AUGUGGUUUGUGCCUGCUCUCGCUUUAGCUUCACUGGCUCUUGCGGCCCACGUGGACCAAGGGCGCCUUUUUCGGAUCAACGAUGUCCAUUAUUAUUCCGGAGGAAUUCCCGUUGGCCACCUGCGAACCGACCUUCUCCGGAAUACCACGACAGAAUAUGCCGAUUUAUUGCCUAUGACUGUUCUAGAGCUCUCAAAUUCUGCGCUGUCGAAAGAUGAGCUUUUGAAUACUACAACGACCUACGCAACCUCGGACGAUGUUUUCCAGCCAGCAUUUCUCCAAACUUUGUACCUUCGUCUCAAUUCAGCGGGCAACAUGACUAUUGACGGUUCGGGGCUUUCUGACUGCCUUCAAGAACUGGGUAUCUCGAUUAUGGUCUCAUCGUCCCAGAUUCAAGGGGUUGCCUCAAGUGUCGAGACAUUCAGUGCGAGCCUGGACCUGCCCACGGGACCAUACUUCAUCUCGGUUCGUAGCGGGAACAUUUACAAGGCGUAUCGGCUGUACGAUGACAACAACUUGGCGUUUGUCCAAGGAGUUAUUAGUGACGAGGCAGGAGGUUUCACAUCGCUUCCGGCGGUCACUGAAAACGUCAUGGCGAAGAGCAUUGCGGUGCCAUCCCGGCUGCACUACACUGCGACUCAGGAAAAGCCACUUGCCGGCCUUCGCUUCGGUGUGAAGGACAUCUUUCACGUCAAGGGUAUCGCCACAAGUGGAGGAAACAGGGCCUACUUCUACCUAUAUGGGCGACAGAACCAUACAGCCCCAUCUAUCCAACGGUUGAUUGAUCUUGGAGCGGUCCUGGUAGGGAAGAUGGGAACAGUUCAAUUCGCAAAUGGAGACCGUCCGACGGCAGACUGGGUCGACAUGCACGCACCGUUCAACCCACGUGGCGACGGAUACCAAGAUCCCAGCGGCUCAUCCACUGGACCUGGUGCUGGUAUUGGUGCGUACGAAUGGCUAGAUUUGGCUGUCGGUAGCGAUACCGGUGGCUCGAUGCGUGGGCCAGCAGGACAACAAGGAAUAUUUGGAAAUAGGCCCUCAACAGGAGCCAUUUCCCUGGAUCAUGUCAUCCCGUUGAGCCCUGUCUCAGACACCGCUGGGAUGUUUGCACGAAGCGGUAGUCUAUGGGCCAAGGUGACGCAAGCUUGGUACCCGGACUUUGCGUCCAACUAUUCCUCGUACCCAAAGAAAGUCUAUCGAUCCACAGCGGAAGGGGGGGCCUGGUCUGGAGGGUCUAACGAAGGAGCCGCUAAAGUGAUCGACUCUUUCGUUGGAAAGCUUGAGCAAUUUCUUCAAGUUAAGUCGGCAGCCGCCAAUUACACUCAAUUGUGGAUGAAGACGCACACCAACUUGACCACAGACGUCAACGAGAUGCUUUACCUGACAUACGGCGUUUUCGUCUCUCACGACCAGUGGCGACUGCAUGGGCAACCAUUCUUCGAGGAUUACGCGGCCAGGUAUGAUGGAAGACAGCCAUAUAUCAACCCGGGCCCCCUGGCAAGAUGGCAAUGGGGUCAGCUACAUGCAACCGACGAUGUCUACGCGCAGGCCCUCCACAAUAUCUCCAUCUUCAAGAGUUGGUACGAGACGGAUGGAUAUGGCAGAAAGGACGCAGAGACUUGCUCUGAGGGACUUUACAUAUACCCUUGGUCCAUCGGCGAGCCUUCGUACCGUGACCAAUACUUUCAAGCCCGUACAACACCGCCGCUUGGCUUUGACGACUCGUCAGUUCCAGUCAUGGCAGGGGCUCCGGAAGUUGUUGUUCCAAUCGGUGAAGUUACAUACAACAGCGCCAAGUCCAUGCAUGUCGAAUACCUCCCCGUCACAAUGGCAUUGAGGAUGGCGAGGGGGUGCGACUACCAUCUAGCAAAUCUUGUCCGGGAUCUUGAGGAAAAUGGUGUUCUCCGAGCAGUUUACCACACGUACCCGCUUGAAGGGCACCAGCGUCAGGCGAUCGCUACUUCAAUCACCAACUUGCAUUGCAAAGCGUUCAGUACCCCGUCCUUUUUCGUACACGUGAACUUCAUCAAACAAGAAGACUCACCGGCGGACGAUACCUAUUUCAUGGCCGGCAAGCCUCAUUCGUCGAACUCUAACCGAAUCGUUGCUGUCGUCCGCACAUCGCCAAAUCGUACAAAAGCAGAUUGGGACAAGCUUGCAGCUGAUAUCGAGGAUACAUGGGAUGAAGUUGUUCAGAACAAAUUACAUGGUUCGGAGAAGGGGGCACUGGAUAGGAACAAGAGCUUUUUGAUGGUUGUGUUCACGCCAAUGUUGGCAGUCCGCGAGGGUGGCAUGGCUAUCCCAGAGGCAGGACAUGAAAACGAGUGGCUCAAAAAGCAGUUGCCAUAUUUCAAAGACAUGAGUGAGAAACACGGCUUGCAGGAGUUCACGGAGAUGCUUGAAGAGUUAAAACAUCGCGGCGUAUCGGAAUGA